AUGCCAGCGCCAAAGGCUGCGCCGGCAAGGCAUCGCCUCACUUUGGCACAAUUGUCUGCUUACGAUGACAUCUUGACGGAUGCACUGGUCGACCAUGUCUAUUACUGGACGACAGUCCCCAAGAAUCGCCCGUCAUAUCACCCCUCGCGGGGUCUGUCGGAGAAUGCCAUUGCAAAGAUUAUUCAGGAAGAGGUGGUCCUGUGGAAAGACUUGGCGGCGGCGGAGGAGAAGCUGCUUGCGAUGGAUGGACUGAGGAAGUUCAUGAAUAAAUUGAAGACAGACAGGGAAAAGGACGACUUUAAGCGACACCUGCGGCGGUACUUGCAGAUUUACCUGCCUGAUUGUCCUUGGGAGGUUAACUCCACGAACCGAUAUACGAUUGUCUCGCAUGAAGCAAGUAUCACGGCAAGGCGGUACAUUAAACGAAAUGAAUCAAUCAAGUACCUGUCGGGUAUCCAGGUUGUCAUCACGCCCGAGGAAGAGAAGGAGAUUGCGGCACGCAAGAAGGAUUUCAGCAUGGUCGUUAGCUCAAGGAGUAAGAGCACAAGCCUGUUCAUGGGUCCCGCACGAUUCGCAAACCACGACUGUGAUGCGAAUGCCAAAUUGAUGACGACUAGCAACGCUGGCAUUGAAAUUGUUGCUAUACGUCCUAUUGAAUCGGGCGAAGAGAUUACUGUCACGUAUGGAGAAAGCUAUUUUGGCGAGGACAACUGUGAGUGUCUAUGCGGCACAUGCGAGAAGGGACUAAGGAACGGUUGGGAGCCUGAGGAAGGUGCCGUGAUUAUUCAGACAAGUGUGGAAGAAGACAGGCCCGAGACGUAUGCUCUGCGGCGACGUCGACGGGAGGAUAGCGUUGGCGGAUCUCGAACUCCCUCCGUUACACCUGGGAUUCGUCCGCGAGUUCCAAGGACCAAGGCAAAGACUUCACGGCUCAGCAAUGCUCACGGUUCGUCGGUCGCGGUGUCGCCGGCGCCUGGCUCACCAGGCGACCGAAAGCGAAAGGCCGAUACCAUGGCAACGCCGCCCAUCACGCCGGCAAAAAAGCCCAAGCACACGAUUGAACAAGAGCCCCAUCUUUCGUCUUCAAGAGGGAGUUCUGUUAGUGAGAGUAUAUUGUCAAGUAAUGAGGCUAUUGAGACAGAUGUCACAUCGCCUGAGAAGGACAGUCCCGAGCCCGUGCCCGUGCCCGAGACGCCAAUCAAGGUGUUGGCAAAUCGGCUGAAGGGCAGCAGCGACCAAAAAGAAGACCAAACCAUUGCAGCCACUGCACCUUUUUCCCCUGAGAGCGUACAGAGUCAACGGUCACCACAAUCGACCAAGGACGGCGACACGAACGAAUCCCCCGCGACGUCGAAACCAGAACUCAGCGCCAUGACAAUAUCGGCCAUUCUCAACGCACCUAGCAGCUCUGGGCCGGAAAUUACUGGUCCUAUUUCCACGAGCAUAGAGGCAGUUGAUGUGUCCCAGAUCGCCACAAACGUCGACGGAGAAGUGCAGUCUCGGCCAAAGAGCAGGCGAUGCAGUUUUAGUAAGCAGGCUUCACCCGCAACCAAGGUGCGCAGACCUGGCGAUUACGUUCUCACGCCAUUACUUCUCUCCGAGCCGGAAAUGGCAUGGAUUCAAUGCACAAUCUGCAACGCAUACUUUGUACAGCAAAACGCUUACUAUACGCGGUCGGCGUGCCCCCGCUGCGAACGACAUUCCAAGCUGUACGGAUACAUGUGGCCCAAGACUGAAAAGGCAGGGCCCUCGGAUAAGGAGGAGCGGAUCCUGGAUCAUAGGAUUGUGCAUAGAUUCUUAGACACGAAUGACGAGCGCAAAGCUCGAGGCAGAAAGUGUUUGCCGGAGAGGGGGGAGACGGAAGAGCCGAGUGAGCCCGAGAGGGGUCGGAGAUUACUGCGUGCGCCAAUCAGCAAGAAGUCGUCCAGCGACGAAGUCCAAGACUCGGUGACAGUCAAACUGAUCGAAGAGUCGGGCCUUCGGCGAAGCGGGAGACCCAGAAAGUGUAGGUCCGGUUGCAUCUACAAGCAAAAAGACAAGAAAAUGGUUGCUGACUCCACCAGCCGGGCCACUUUCGCAGUCCAACAGAUGACUCGGACCAGACCACAUGGGCUCGUUAAAGAGCGCGAUAGCCAAAACCCUAUGUGUUUAAUACUUGUUGCCUCCCACCGACCGUCGUUUUCCUCAAAGCACCUCCUUCCCCUUCUCGUAGGACCUCACUCGUCACCGCUCCGCAAACCAGGUCAAGCAAAGAGCAAUGGUAAUGUUUCGGUUGGCAUCGCCGUAGAAUCCACCCACCCAGGGCUAACGAUAUUGCAGAGUGUGAAGCGCCUUCUGGUCCUAUGCGGCGCGCCGGCCGUGCUCGGGGCGGCAUGCAGCAAGAAUUACACGCGCAACGGGCUGGUCUGGGGAGACGCCAUCCGGCUGAACCAGAUCCAGGUCGUCGGCACGCACAACAGCUACCACGUCGAGGCGCCCGACGUGGAGAAGGCUCUGAUGCUCAACCUGAGCGCCGACACCCAGGACCUGUUUUACGGACACCCUCCAUUGGAAAGGCAGCUUCGGAAACAACAUGUGCGAAACUUGGAACUGGACAUUCUGGCCGAUCCCGAGGGCGGCAACUACGCAAAACCACUCAUCAGGGCGCUCGUCGGGCUGCCCUACAACACGGGGCCCGAGUUCCAAACGCCCUCGACCAAGGUCUUGCACAUUCCCGACCUCGACAUCCACACCGUCUGCACUACAUUCAAGGCCUGCCUCCGGGUCAUCAAGUCCUUUGUGGACGCCAAUCCGUGGGCGGUGCCCAUCCCCAUCAUGACCGAGUUCAAGACGGCCGCGGCGCUGGGGCAGUCGGCCGGCGGCGCCAAAGUCAUUCCCUGGGACAAUGCCACGCUGCUGGAAGGGCUGGACGUCGAGAUCCGCUCCGUCUUCGGAAGAAGGCAGCUCAUCACGCCGGACGACAUUCGCCGUCCCGGCAUGACACUCGAGGACUCUGUUCUCAAGUACGGCUGGCCGAAUCUGGAUUCAGCAAGAGGCAGAGUCUUGUUCCUGAUGGACAACGGGCCCGACGACCCCGUCAACAAGAAGUACAUUGAGGGAAGGUCAAACUUGAAAGGCAGAGUGCUGUUUACGAAUUCCGCACCGGGGAGGGCGGAAUGCGCUUUUCAAAAGCUGAACGAUCCCGUGACGGAUGCGUACGUACAGAAUGUACAGAAGCAAGUCAAGGCAAACUACCUGGUGCGAACACUGGCCGACUCGGCGCUGGGCACGGUGCGAAACUGCAGCACGAUCCAACGCGACGGGGCGUUCAGAUCCGGCGCUCACAUUGUUUCUACGGAUUUCCCGGUGGCGGGCAUGAGCGAGCGGUACGGCGGGUGCGAGUAUGUCGUUGAGCUUGGGGACGGCAAGGUGGCAAGGUGUAAUCCUGUCAACGGGCCGAAAGGGUGCGUUGACGAGGAGCUGGAGCGAAGGAAGGUAGGGACCAGUAGGAAGACAAGUCGUACAGUUCUGGUCACUACUACCACGUAA